AACGCGUCGUGACGUCUGUUGUCCAGCAGGUGGCGGUGUGAACGCGCGCGCGCGUCAUUGAUUCAGUGUCGAGGAAGAGUGUCUGUGUGUGUGUGCGCGAGGUUUUAUUUUCAUAACGUAAACGGCACAACAAGAUCGUUUGAGGUUUACGCGAUGUCGCAGAGGAAGAAAGCUUCAGCUUCUCAGAGCAAAUCCCAGCGGACGAAUGAGAAUGAAGAUGAAAUGACGCUCAGUCAGAUGACAUCAUCACAGGUCCUAAGAGCUCGAGAGAACUUCACCUCAGUCCAGAUCGACCGGAAGGUUGCAGAAGUGGUCCAAUUCAUCUUGGUUAAGGACCAAAAAAAAAUUCCAGUUCGAAGAGCAGAGAUUGUCAAACACGUGAUGAAAGAAUACAAAGUCAUCUAUUCAGAGGUGAUGAAUCGAGUGCGUCGCACUUUUGAACAGGUGUUUGGAUUAAAACUGGAGGAGAUUGAUACCAAAAAUCACAUUUACAUCCUGAUCAACAAGCUGGAGGCUGGAGAAACAGUCAACAUGUGUCCUGGAAACCCAAAGACCGGUCUUCUGUUUGUCAUCCUCAGCAUCAUUUUUAUGAAGGGAGGUGUUGCCAAAGAGAAUCUUGUGUGGAACACUCUGAAGAAGCUGCGUGUGGAUUCUGGAGAGAAGCACGACGAGUUCAGUGAUGUAAAGAAGCUGGUGACGGACGAGUUUGUUCGUCAGAAAUAUCUGGAGUACGUGAAGAUCCCUCACACUGAGCCGGUGGAGUUUGAGUUUCGCUGGGGUCUGAGGGCUGACAUCGAGCUGUCCAAACUCAAACUGCUGGAGUUUGUCGCUGAGCUUCACGAUCAGGAUCCUCAGAGCUGGACUCAGCAGUUCAGAGAGGCCAGCGCUUCAGAGAGCAGAACUUGAGCAGCUUCUCUCUCUCACUCUUAUUACACACAACACACCUUCCAUAGUUUAGUUACAAUAUCUGUACAAAUUCAAAUUGUAAUAUUAAUUGUUUAUAAUAAAAAUAAAGUUAAUUUACUAUA